AUGGAUGCGCUGUGUGCGUUGUCGAUUAUGUUAGCGGUGUCUGCGGUGCACGGCGGUGGAGUUACUAAGCCUUCUGGUCUUGCCCAGUUUUGGAUGGAUGACAUUAAAGUGCUAGACCAAAUAUAUGGAAAGACGUCCGAUAAACAGCUUUACGGAUCAACUUUACCACCAACUAUAACUUUUGAUUUUGAUUUAAAUAAAAAAAUUAAAGCACAAGAAUCAAAAAAGAAGGAACGCUUUGCCUCCCCCCUUGACAAUGAAGAUUUAGGUUCUGAAGAGCAAUUUCACCCUUUUACGUUUGGAGACCGUUACGCUCAGCUAUUCAGCAAGAACCUUAAAAGUGAAAAAACAAAGAAGACGAAACCGUUGAAUUUUGUAGGAUUAUCAAACUUCAAACCAAUUAGCCAUUCAAGUGACCCAGAAAUGUACAGUUACCUCAGACACCUUGAAGAUUUCCAAAAAUACAAAGCCGAUCUAUCGGAAACCGAAAGUGAUUUUAAGCCCUAUACAGCGAAAACCGAAGAAGAAGAAGCAUACAGAAGCAUUCAAGAUAUCCUCGAUGCUCACGAAUCUAAUAAGGGACGUAAGGCUGAAUCAGAUUUCAAUGAUAGUAUCGAGAAGUAUCCAAGAUAUGAGCCUAAAGAUGAGGAGGAAUUCCCUCGAUACGCUGCAAAGGCAAAGCCAAUGAAGAGCAAAGUCAGGUUCUUGAAGAAUAACAAUUUACGUCCAAGAUGCCGUUCGGGUAGGUGCAGGAAAAGACUUUCCACUUCCUACAGAUCCGGUACACGACCUUACAUCCGCAAAAUCAAGCGUUAUAGAAUUGCAUAA